GCUGUAAUUGAUUCCUCCACUACCAUAUAAAUUGGAGAUGGGUUUGGUGAGUCUUCCUAAUGGUAUGGCCAGCCCGUCAUUUAGUGCUUGCCCUUUUCUUUCUCUGCAACGCUCUCUCUCUCACUCUUCUCCCAUUUUGUCUCCCCAGCUCCAAUCCCAAGGCUUCUUAGAGCAAGAUCCUCUUCAUCGGAGGGACCGGAUACGUCGGAAAGUUUAUCGUGGCGGCAAGCGCAAAGGCCAAGUGAAUUUUUAUUGGAAGAGUGAAGUAAACGACAUGGAGAAGAAGAGCAGAGUAUUGGUAAUCGGAGCGACAGGUCGUUUGGGCCGCCAUUUGGCCGAAGCCAGUCUCCGUUUUUCCCACCCAACCUUCGCUCUUGUCCGAGACUCAUCCUUCUCCCAUCCUCUCAAGUCUCAGAACCUUCAAUCUCUCUCCAAUGCCGGAGCCACUCUUCUCAGAGGUUCGCUGCAAGACGAAGCGAGCCUUAUUGAAGCUCUGAAGCAAGUGGACGUGGUAAUCUGUGCUAUUUCACCGACUCAGGCCUUGGAUCAGAAGCUUCUCAUCCGAGCUAUCAAACAAGUUGGAUGCAUAAAAAGGUUCAUUCCCUCAGAAUUUGGGUUGGACCCAGAUAAGGUUCAAGUAUCAGGGAUGCAUUACAACUUCUUUUCUCCAAAAGCUGAAAUUAGACGCUUGGUGGAAGAGCAAGGCAUUCCAUACACAUUUGUAUCCUGCAACUUCUUUAUGAGCUAUUUACUUCCUUCACUUGUUCAGCCUGGUCUAACCUCUCCUCCGAGGGAUCAAGUCACCAUCUUUGGCCAUGGAAAUACUAAAGGUGUAUUUGUACAAGAAAAAGAUAUUGCUUCCUUCACUAUCAGAGCAGUGGAUGAUCCACGAACAUUGAAUAAAGUGUUGCAUUUGAGACCCCCUGGAAAUGUAUACUCCAUGAAUGAGCUGGUUGGGAUUUGGGAGACUAAAAUUGCGAAGAAGCUUCAAAAGAUUUAUUUAUCAGAACAGGAGCUUCUUAACAGGAUUACAGAGACUCCAUAUCCUGAGAAUCUGGAUUUGAUUUUCAUAUAUUCUGCUUUCAUAAAGGGUGACCAAACAUACUUUGACGUUGAGGCAUCUGGUGGUGUAGAAGGGACGAAACUGUAUCCAGAAGUGAAUUAUACUACAAUUAGUGAAUAUUUAGAUACCUUAUUGUAGGAAUUUUUAAUUGAUCUUCUCAAUUAGUUGUUGUAGAAUUGAAAUGGACUGGUCAAUGAGACCUUUUUUCCCUUAAAAUCCAGAAAAAAUAUGUUUCUUUUCCAAUUUUCUAAUUACUUGUUGCAAUUUUACCAAAGGAUUUUAAAUAAUAAAUAGUAUUUCUUUUUUCUGCAAAA